GUGGUCUGCCGAAGCAGAAGCUUGUGCGGGAGUUUGUCGAGAAAUGCUACAUCCAGUCAGCUUCUGCUGCAGAGAACAAGGAUUGGAAGAAAUCCGUCGCUGGCUACGAGUGGCUCACAGAGCAAGAAAUGCGCGAGGAGAAGAAGUGGCCGGAGCAAGGAAGUGAAAAACUACGCGCACUCGAAGAAGUGAUGGAAAGCUCAGGCUUCUUUCGUGAGAACUUCGACAUCCACACGGGUAUCGGUGAUGCUGUGGAUUUGUCCGACCAUGAAGAUGAUGACAACAAGAAGUCGACAGCGAAGGGACGAGACAAGGGCCUGCCUGAUAUCGAUGGGCCGGACACUUUGAAGGAGUUCCUGAACAAGUACAAGAAGAGUCUUCUGAACCGUCGGAGUGCGUUCAAAGAGGUGGUUGAGCGCUUGAAGACCGAGGGUGCGACAGACCACACGGAGGAUCACAAGGAAGCUGAGGAAGCCAUGAAAUGGGUCAAUGACCUCUACAAGCAGAUCUGCAACAAGGAGCUCGACGAUGCUUCUUCCCAGACAAAGGAGAGCUAUGCGGGCCUGGCCAAGCAAGUCCGGGAUGCAUUGGUUCGUUUCAACAACUGCCUGAGUGCUCUGAAGCCUCCCGGAGCCGCUUCACAGUACAUUAUCCCUAUUCGGGAUCUGGCUGCGGAGAUUCUUGAGAAGUUUCCCCAGAAGUUGCUCUUUGGAAAUUGCGAGGGCGACAGCCCCCAGGUUGGUGACACGCUGAAGCAGUUUUGGCGCUUCUUCAGAGCGAUCCGUCCGGGGCACCCAGUGUUUCAGGAUCAUGCUGAUGAGUUGCACCGAGUCAUUCCGUGUCGCCUGCACAUGGAUGAGGGGACGUCGCACCGGAAGCAUGCCGUUAUGCAGGUGAGUUGGGGGCCAAUCUUGAAGGAUGGUGCAGCCAGUGUUAACCACUGCUUUUAUUUCGCGAGCAUCCUGGGAGAUUCCUACAAGGAGGAUCAUUGUGGAUACGCUGCUGGAAAUUCCAUCAUAGACGUGAUUUCGAGGCACCUUGCAAUUCAUUGCAAGCAAGCAUACUACACUGGCAUGGAGCUGGGCUCCGAGCGCUUUUACCUGGCAUGGAUUGGAUUGGAGGGCGAUUUGCCUGCACAGGCCCGUGUGCUGCACCUGGUGCGACACUUCACCUGCGCUCCCAACAAGUGCUGUCCGUGGUGCCAAGCAGACGAUCGUGACACCCCGUAUGCAGAUUUCAGACCGACUGCCCGAUGGAAAAGAACUGUGGGUGUGCAACAGCCGUGGACUACCCCAUCGCCUCUGCUCAGCAUACCUGGUGCUGACACAGCUGAGUUUGCUUUGACAGACAUUUUCCAUUUGUGUCAUUUGGGCAUUGUGCGAACUGGGGUUACAUCGCUCAUUUGCUACCUCUGCUACAAAGGUUUUUUUGAUCAGGGUGGCCUCAACGUGCCUGCGAAAGGUUCAGAUUGCACCCUCCUCGUGAAGUUCCUCUUGGACUACCUAGGACAGCCAUGGCUACUUGAUGAUGUGGCAGCUUCUGCUUUUCAGUGGCUGGCUGCUAUCGAUGACUUCCUGCACCUUUGCUACACAACGGAUCGGAUUUUCUUUACGCCGGAACAAAGCCAGACUGCGCAUGGCCAUCUGUGCACUUUUGCAGAGAAGUAUCACGACUGUGCAAGCAAAUGUUUUGCGCGGAAUAUUUUAUUUUUCAAUCUUACACCGAAAUACCACUAUAUGCUCCACGUCCGGGAUUCCCUGGAACUUCGGCCGAAGCAGAAGCUAUACAUGAACCCUGCAGCCACAAGUACGCAGAUGGAUGAAGACUAUGUGGGCAGGGUUAGCCAGAGCAGCAGAACUGUGCAUGCGCUUGGUGUGCCUCUCAGGGUCGGCCAAAAGUGGCUCGUGUACACACACAUGAGAUGGUCAGGACAGUUUUGA